CCCUGUCGGCUCCAGCCCUAAACUGGACUCGAGCCCUCUCCCCGAAAUCUCUGCGUCCGCCGGGGCCCAGGUUAAAUGGAAACCACCCUUGGGAGCUGGAUGCCUGUGUAGCCAUUCUGUCACGUCAGUGAAUUGCAAUGAGUGGAGGAGGAGAGCAGCCAGAUAUCCUCAGUGUUGGAAUCCUGGUCAAAGAAAGAUGGAAAGUGUUGAGGAAGAUUGGGGGUGGGGGCUUUGGAGAAAUUUACGAUGCCUUGGACAUGCUUACCAGGGAAAAUGUUGCACUGAAGGUGGAAUCAGCUCAACAACCGAAGCAAGUUCUGAAAAUGGAGGUUGCUGUAUUGAAAAAACUACAAGGGAAAGACCAUGUUUGUAGAUUUAUUGGCUGUGGAAGGAAUGAUCGAUUCAACUAUGUGGUCAUGCAGUUGCAGGGUCGGAACCUGGCAGAUCUACGCCGCAGCCAGUCCCGGGGCACUUUUACCAUUAGCACUACUCUUCGGUUGGGUAAACAGAUUCUGGAGUCUAUCGAGAGCAUCCAUUCUGUGGGAUUCUUGCACCGAGACAUCAAACCGUCAAACUUUGCUAUGGGUCGCUUUCCUAGUACUUGCAGGAAAUGUUACAUGCUUGAUUUUGGAUUGGCGCGACAAUUUACCAAUUCCUGUGGUGACGUCAGACCACCUCGAGCUGUGGCAGGCUUUAGAGGAACAGUUCGUUAUGCAUCAAUCAAUGCUCAUCGGAACAGGGAAAUGGGAAGACAUGAUGAUCUUUGGUCCUUAUUCUACAUGUUGGUGGAAUUUGUGGUUGGUCAGCUGCCUUGGAGAAAAAUAAAGGAUAAGGAGCAAGUCGGCUCUAUUAAGGAGAGAUAUGACCACAGGCUUAUGUUGAAACAUCUCCCUCCAGAGUUUAGCAUCUUUCUGGAUCACAUCUCUUCUUUGGAUUAUUUUACCAAACCAGACUACCAGCUUCUUACAUCUGUGUUUGACAACAGUAUCAAGACCUUUGGAGUAAUUGAGAGUGACCCUUUUGAUUGGGAGAAGGCUGGAACUGAUGGCUCACUAACAACCACCACUACUUCUACCACCCCUCAGUUGCAUACCCGCUUGACCCCAGCGGCAAUUGGAAUUGCCAAUGCCACCCCCAUCCCAGGAGACCUACUUCGAGAAAAUACAGAUGAGGUGUUUCCAGAUGAACAGCUUAGUGAUGGGGAAAAUGGCAUCCCUGUUGGUAUGUCACCAGAUAAAUUGCCUGGCUCUCUGGGACACCCUCGUCCACAAGAGAAGGAUGUCUGGGAAGAGAUGGAUGCCAACAGGAACAAGAUAAAGCUUGGAAUUUGUAAAGCUGCUACUGAAGAGGAAAAUAGCCAUGGUCAAGCAAACGGUAUUCUGAAUGCUCCAAGCCUCAGUUCACCAGUUCGUGUUCGCUCGGAGAUUACUCAGCCAGACAGAGAUGUUCCAUUGGUGCGAAAGUUACGUUCAAUCCACAGCUUUGAGCUGGAAAAACGUCUCACCCUAGAGCCAAAGCCAGACACUGACAAGUUUCUUGAGACAUGCCUGGAGAAAAUGCAAAAAGACUCCAGUGCAGGAAAGGAAUCUCUUCCCCCUGCUCUGCUUCACAAGCCUUGUGUUCCUGCUGUGUCCCGUACUGACCACAUCUGGCACUAUGAUGAUGAAUAUCUUCCAGAUGCUUCCAAGCCUGCCUCUGCCAACACCCCUGAGCAGGCAGAUGGUGGUGGCAGCAAUGGAUUUAUAGCUGUUAACCUUAGCUCCUGCAAGCAGGAUAUUGAUUCCAAAGAGUGGGUGAUUGUGGACAAGGAGCAGGACCUUCGGGAUUUUAGGACAAAUGAGGCUUUAGUCCAUAAAACAACUGCAAGUCCUUCUGAUGAGGAACCUGAAGUGCUUCAAGUCCUGGAGGAAUCUCCUCAAGAUGAAAAACUCCGAUUGGAUCCAUGGUCAAAAAAUGAUCAUUUAAAGAAGGAAACUUCAGGUGUGGUUUUAGCACUUUCUGGGGAUUACCCUGUCACUGCAGCUUCAGAACAGUAUACAGAUAGGCUGGAACUCCAGGUUGGAACUGCCAGUCAGUUUAUUGCAGCAACACCCACAAGUCCAAUGGAGGCACAAGCAGAAGGACCUCUUACAGCGAUUACAAUUCCUAGACCUUCUGUGGCAUCUACACAGUCAACUUCAGGAAGCUUUCACUAUGGUCAGCAGCCAGAGAAGAAAGAUCUUCAGCCCAUGGAGCCCAGUGUGGAACUUUAUUCUCCCAGGGAAAACUUCUCAGGCUUGGUUGUAACAGAGGGUGAACCUCCUAGUGGAGGAAGCAGAACAGACUUGGGGCUUCAGGUAGAUCAUAUUGGUCAUGACAUAUUACCCAACAUUAGAGAGUGUGACAAAUCCCAAGACUUGGGACCAAAAGACCUUCCUGACCAUAAUCGAUCAACUGUGAGAGAAUUUGAUAAUCUCCCUAGGGAAACUGAAGAGAAAAGCAUCCUGUUGGGGUCAGAUAAUGAAGAUGAAAAGUUAAGUAAAGGACAGCAGUGUAUUGAGAUCUCCUCUCUCCCUGGAGAUUUGGUUACUCUGGAAAGGGAUCACUCGGCUACCAGUGAACCUCUUGAUGUGACAAAGACUCAGACUUUUAGUGUGGUGCCAAAUCAAGACAAAAAUCAUGAGAUAAUGAAGCUUCUGGCAAUUGAAACUUCAGAAAUUUCUCCACAGAUCAUUGACCCACAUGUUGAAGGACAGAUAGGGCAGGUGACAGUACAAAAAAGUAAAUUAUCUAAGGAUGAUGACGUCAAGAGUGAGGAUUUGCCAGGUCACCAAGGUGACCUUUCUACUUUUUUGCACCAAGAGGGUAAGAGAGAAAAAAUUGCUCCUAGAAAUGGAGAACUAUUUCAUUGUGUUUCAGAGAGUGAACAUUGUCCUCCAUCCCGGAAGGAUGUGGUUACAAAGUCAUCCUUUGUAACUAGACACAGUCGAAUCCCUGUUUUAGCACAAGAGAUAGACUCAACUUUUGAAUCAUCCUCUCCAGUCUCUGCAAAAGAAAAGCUUCUCCAAAAGAAAGCUUAUCAACCAGAUCUAGUCAAACUUCUGGUGGAAAAAAAGCAGCUUAAGUCUUUCUUUGGGGAACUCUCAAGUGCCUCUGAUAAAUUGCUAGAAGAAAGACUAGCGACUGUUCCUGCUUCCUUUUCUGAGGAGGAAGUCUUCACUCCCUUUUCAAGACUAGCCGUAGAGCACACACACCUGAGCAGGUCAGCUGAAGACGGCUUCCUGUCACCCAUCAUCUCUCCAUCCAGAAAGAGCAAAAUUCCGAGGCCGGUUUCAUGGGUCAACACAGAUCAACUCAGUAGCUCAGCAUCAUCUCAGUUUUUGCCUCGGCCACCACCGGGAAAGCCGCCCACAAGACCCGGAGUAGAAGCCAGGCUCCGCAGAUACAAAGUCCUAGGGAGCAGCAAUUCCGACUCAGACCUUUUUUCUCGCCUGGCCCAAAUUCUUCAAAAUGGAUCUCAGAAACCCCGGAGCACUACUCAGUGCAAGAGUCCAGGAUCCACUCACAAUCCAAAAACACCACCCAAGAGUCCCGUUGUCCCUCGCAGGAGUCCCAGUGCCUCUCCUCGAAGCUCUUCCUUGCCUCGCACGUCUAGUUCCUCACCAUCUAGGGCUGGAAGGCCCCACCAUGACCAGAGGAGUUCAUCCCCUCAUCUGGGGAGAAGCAAGUCACCUCCCAGUCACUCAGGAUCUUCCUCCUCCAGGAGGUCCUGCCAACAGGAGCAUUGCAAACCCAGCAAGAAUGGCCUAAAAGGAUCCAGCAGCCUCCACCACCACUCAGCCAACACUAAAGUCCCCCCAGGGAAGAGUAAGUCAGCCAGUAAACUCAGCAGAUAGGAGCCGGGCUGCAUCUCUGUGAAAGGUGUGAGAUCUUCCUCCUAAACCUGAUGCAUGUGUGUCCUUGUACUGUCUAUUUAAAAAAUCAGUGUUGAUCUUCUCUUGCAAAAGAAAGUAACAUGAUAAAUUAUUUAAGAAGACAUAAAUAUAUGAUAAGGGAUUCUAAGGCAGGCAGCAAGCAGAUCAGGAAUCAAUGUGUUUGCAUAGGAAGGGGCAAUUCAGCAAAAUCCAAGGGGGAGAAACUCAUUAAACGAACUCUCAUUUUUAAGCUGCCUUUGAUACAAAAGGGGGUGAAGGUAAGAGGUGGAAUGGAAUUUUAACCAUUUGGCCUGCUUUUUAAAGGCUCUACUCAAAGAUUAUAUAAUAGCAAAAAUGGAACUUUUGUUUUAAUAUUUUCAUUCAAAACUUCCCAACCUUGGAGGGUCAGAACUGCUCCAGUAUUAGAGUUUCUGAGAAGAUUGUUGCUGGGAAGCCAGUGCUCAUAUAUAUUUCACUUAUGUCUUUAUCUGGUAUGUUGAGAGUUCACACCUUUACUUUGCCUCAUUCCUAUUUCACAUUUUUUAAAGAUAAUGUUUCUCACCCAAUCUGAUCUCUCUUAUUUUAACUACAUUUUAAUAUGCGUUUAGCAGCAUAGGCUAACAAUUGGAAGUCCAGUAACCCUUAUUCAGUCCCUAAUAUUUUUCUUCGGAGGAACAGUUAUUAACUCAGUUUAUUUAUUUUUUUGGUGAAAAAUAAUUGAUAAAACUUAAGGAAGGGAAAGUCUAAAUGGAGGUUCUUGGCAGGCUUUAGUGCUCGAGGGGAGAGAGGGACAGAGUGUGGGAUAAUCCCUUUCAAGAGAGAAGAACCUUCUUCCCCCCUGUGGGAGGAGACCUGACCAGAGUAGACCUUGCUUCCUUCAGUCCUCUGGGUACCAGCUAUUUCUCUUAUCAACUUCUAAGAUGAUUCCAGGGAGUACAAUACUAUGGAAUGUGACUUUAUGUUUUAGAGACUUAGAGAGAAAAAAAGAAAUUAGAUAUGUUGUUGAAACAUAUAAUCCUCAAACUUUGUAUUUUAUACAUUUAGCUAAGUAAGGAAUGAGUAUCUGGGGAAAUAAAUCUAGGCUUAAUACUUAUCUUUUAAUGUUUUAUUUCCUGCUUCUCCUGUGCUUUAGUUUGAAUAUUUGGGCUUCUUGACUUGAUUUCCAUGUAAUAUCAAUUUAUAAAGCUAUAAGGAGGUUCAUAUUGUUCUAAUCUCACUCUUCAGCUAACAGGAACCAGGCAAAAUUAAAUUAUACUAGACUUUCAAAAUGACUCUUUUAUACUCUGUAGGUGUUCUGUGUUGUAAAGACCUUCCUUAUUAAGGUCAAGUAAAUUGGUCUGCUUGUUGAAAUUUGCCUUCUAGCAAACAUCUGUGCUUUCUCUUUGACCUUGUGUUUGCUGCCAAACCUAAUAUGGUUGAAUUGGAAAACAAAAAAAAAGAAAGAAAUCUGGUUCCUCACCAAGUGAACAUAUUCUAAUGCUGCAUCAAAGCUGCCCUGAAGCUGCACUGAACUUUUCUUGUUCUCGUUAUCCGUGUCGAGCUUUUUUUAAAAAAAACAAAACAAAACACAAAAACUCAAAACACUAUUGAGGCAUAUACGGUCUCCCAUAAGAAAUGUAGCAUAGUGUGAAAUCUUAAUUUCUCUCCCGUUUCAAGCACUACAGAGGAAUGCAAUAGGUAAGACAUAUUUGCUGUUUAACUAAAGCAACUGUAAUAUUGGAAGACCAAUCCUACUGUAUUAUAUUGUAUAAUAGUUGCUCUAACACUACUUGCAUGUCUUCAUGGUAAGCUAUAUAAAUAUUUAUAAAUAUAUAGAGAGAAACAUAUGCUUAUACAAACUCAUUCUUUCUCAUUCUCCAUUUGUAAUUCCAGGAUCACAGAUGGUGAAAUUCCUUUAUAUUGUGUGCCUCGUGUACACUUGGGCCUUGCCUAUUCAUUUUCUGAAAAUAUGUUCUUGGCAUGUGACACCUCAGAUUCUUCUUGCCUUCCCUGUGUAAUGCAAGGUUGGCAGUCUUUAGCAAGCCAAGAGGGAUUAUUUAAUUGUCAUUUUAAAAAGAUUUUAAUAAGGGAAAAAAGUUACUAAGACAUGCUUAUAAUGCUGGUUCAAAGAUUUGUCAUGUUAAUGACAUAAUUCUGUCCGUAUGAUUAGAGAGGAUAAACUGGAAUGAUAAUCAUGAGUCUAACAUAAAUUGAUUUUUUCAGAAAUCCCUUAAAAUUACUGUUCUACUUUCCUCUUUUCACCUCACUUGGCGGUGGGGAUGGGGGAUCUACAAUUAAGAAGUUGUCUUUUUUUCUGUUGUAUUAGCGAAAUUGUGCUUUAUAACACAGCCAGUUUUAAAUCCUGGCCCCUGGCCUCCGGUCAGAACUGUCCUGAUAGUAACCAUUGGUAUAACUGAUGGGGCUACACUUGUGGUAUGUGUCUGUUAGUUUUUUUAUUGGCAUUUCUCUCCUAGUGGUCAAAACUGAUAAUGAUGGCAACAUGGCAGCUGAAUAUUUUCUUUCUUGGUUCCCUCUAUUUUUCCCCCAACGUUUCCACUGUGUUGCCCCCUUUUGUAAAUGCUAUUACAAACUCAUCAAAAUCCAGAGAGAAACAACUGCCUUGUGUCUGAAUAUUUUAUUUUGCAUGUAGAGGAAAGAGUUAACCAAAGAUGUUUCUUCUCUGACACUUUCAAAAGAGAACAGACUAAUUAUAGUUUACAUAUCGAUAUGUCCAUUUAAAAGUACUGUCUUCUAUAUUUAUGGUUUUCAAAGCAUAGUAUGUGCUCUUUUAGAUGGUAGAUGUCUCCGACUGAAAAGAAGAGUUGGCAGCCCUGAACAAGGCACUUUUGGCACAAGAACUUUUGUUUUUUGUUUUAUUCUAGAGUAUGAUACAGAGAACAGUUUGGAUUGUUAUUUUUAGUUCUUUAUUAUUUAUUUUCAUGGUUUCUUUUAGUGAUAGCAUAUUUCAGAUUUCAGUGACAAAUAUAGAUCAUCCAAGUAAUUUUAAAUCAGUUGGGUUAUUCUAUCUAAGAUAGGAACACGAUUAAAGUCAAGCCAAACUAUACCAAGAGUACUCUGGGACAGAAGUGAAAAUUACCUUUUGAAAAUCAGGGGCCCCCUGGUUUCUCAUAUCAUGAUGCAAACUGACUGGUUACCUAGUCAUGCUUGCCCUUGCUCUCCCUUCUCUAGUCUCUGGAAUUACUUGGGUGGAGCAGAUGAUAGAAUUAGCAUUAGCUCAGGCCCAUAAGUUAGCACUCUUCCUGAAUUAUGCUGCCAAAUCUCCAAGGUGUACAGAUUGGUCAAAAUACUAAAAUUCUACAUAGUAAUCUUUUGUACAGCUUAAAGGUAUUUAACUUUAAUAUAUAAUGAACAAAGGAGAACUGGGUCAUAUCAAAUUUGACCUGAAAGCAUGAAUUAUAAACAUCUUUGAAUGACCAGUCUUAGGCAGGCACUCUCGUUCUUAACUUGGUAUGCAAGCUGGCCUUGCUGGCAGUGGCCUAGUUACAUUUAUUGUUUUUUAAGUUGCAUGUUGUGAAGUGAAUGUCUUUUAUAAAAGUUGCCAAGUUAAUUAAGUUCUAAAUAAGUAGCGAGAUGGUAAUUGAGACCCACUGUUGUCAUUAUCUACUUUAUAUUCUUUGAUUUAAGGUACUAAACAAAUCUCGGUUGCUUACUAAUUCAGUGGACUAGCUGUGCAAUAUCUCUGUCUAGCUCCUAGCCACUGUGGGAACUUGAGGUUCUUCAGUAAUCAUCAGAGAUUCUUUCCAGGCCACAGAUUUUUAUGUGAAUGAUUCUAUGGCUGCAUUCAGUCUACAAGGAAAAAGUAUACAUUGGUGCAUGUUUUAUAAACCCAGACACAGAUAGUUAAAACUAUAAUGAGUUUUUCUAUACCCAAUAGCUUUGAAUUAAAAAAAAAAAAACAAAAAAACACAACAACAGAUGCUUUUCCCCAUGAGCAGAGGAUGAUUCUUUGUUCUAGGAACUAAACUCCUAAUUCUAACACUAGGAAUUGGUGAUAGGAGAAACAGGAUCUAGAAUUCAGAGUUAAGUGGUUUAGGGGAAAAAUGCAUCUUACUCUGGCUAUUUGAAAAUAUAUUUACUUGUAGAUAAGUCUAUCGUUAGUCUUGGAGAUCAAAUUUUUCACAUUUUAAAAACUUUUUUUCAUUCCUUUAUAUUUAUCAAACAUGAUAUAUGUUAGGGAACCACUUCUCCUGUCAUGUUCAUGUAUUUUGGAAUUAAGUUAUUUGCAUUCACUCUUUUAAUGUGCAUUUACCACAGAUGUGUUGGGACUUUGCCUAAAGGGGGAGAGAUUUUAGCUCCUGUAUCAAUGAGGAGAUAGAGUGGUUGACAACAACUGCCUUGUGUAAUUGUCUUGAGUUUGGGUCUGAGACAGUUUAUUUGCAGAAUAGUUACUUAUCUGUGUUUUAAUGCAAAAAGUAUUAUAGGAUUAAGGCAUGUAACCACUAUCUCACUGUGGUAGUCCUCAAAUGUCACUAUUUAUCCAAGUUCAGAAACCACAGAUGUGUAUUUAGACCUUGAUUUAGGGAAGAGAACAAGAGUUAGUUCCAGUUCUCAGAUAAUAUGGGAGGAUAUAUAGUACAUAGAAAACCCCAGGUGAUUGUUUACGACAUGCUACUUCCCUGUCCUCAUCCAAUAAAACUCUGGUGUGUACCUCUAGGAUGUGGGAAAAGUGUAGAAAUAUCACUGGAUAUUCUCAAUAUUUUGACUGUCCCUCUGGAAUCAUGUAAAACUGAACCCAGAAAGCCUCUGCAAACUGCAGAAUCUGUUACCAGCAUUACUAGGGAGAACAAUAGAAGGUACAUGGGGAAUUAUAGUUCUUACGAUCUGGGACAAUGAUCCCUAUUCAUUUAAAAGUGAAUUUGGAUGAUGCACACCACAAACCCUGAGAAAUCCUGACUGGCCAUGGAAUAAGGACAAUAAAGUCUCGGCCCAUCAAUGCAUUUUCUAACUCAGUUAUGAUUAUGUGCUUCAGCUUUUAAAGUAUAUGAGCUUGAUGUUUAAGUUUAUAUUUCCUUGAAGAAAUUUUAAUCAGAUGUUUGACAAGAUCAAAAUCACCUUGCGGUUAUAUAUAAUCUCACAACACUAAAUAGCAAAAGUAGGUAACAUUUAUACAGGAAUGAGUUGAACAUUUCCUUAGAAUUUGCUGGAUCCUUGGUCUUGAGACAGGAAAAGAAGUGAAGCCUUUUCCUUUGUGACUCUAAUUGAAAGUGACAGUAUGAGCAUAGUAUGUAAUAUUGGUGAGUCUAACUUAUCUCUCAGACACCAUAGCCCAGGGAUUCUAGGUUCCUUAACAGAGACAGUAGGAUUCAAUGUUACUAUAGAAUUUUCUGGUGACCUAAUUCUACACACUAAAGAUGGAUAGGAAAUUUACCUCUCUUUCCAGUAGUUUAAUAGUUUCAUAUUGUAUAACAUGUGUUCACUUAUCCAUUUAAAAACCUUGAGAAGACCAAGUUUUUACAUAGGACUACCCGUGCUGUAUGCUGCUGCUUCUUUCUCCUCAUACAGUUUAAAUCCUUAAAAAUUCAUGUGCAACACUUCACCAAACCUGGUGUGUCAGUCUGGCUAGUCUUCAUUCACCCACCGAAGGGUAAAUAAGGCUGCGAGAACUUGAAUGGAUUUAUUAUGGGAGCUACCCAGGAAAGGGAAAAGCCCUUGGGACUUUUUCAAACUGAUUUUCUUUUGAAACUAUUUGCUGAAUUAGUUCACUAAGAUAAUAAACAUUCAGAAAUACAAAGAUAGGAUUAUGAAGGAACGAUAACACUGUGCCACUUGGGUUCUGAAAUUGGAUUGGGUAAACUAAAUACUGAAGACAACUAGAUCAGAUGACCCAGGCUUGAGUCCCUCUCCCUUCUCUGUCACUCUCCGUUCCUUGUCUUCCUGAUUUCUUUCUUAAAAGAGUCAGUUCAGAUUUCAUUGAGCCAAAGAAAAAUUUUAAAAGUACAGAAAAUUUCAUUGAGUCAUUUACUUACCAGUUCAUAGCUGUUAGGAAAAAAGGGAGACAUCUAAUUAUGAAAGUUAUGAACUACUGGCAGUUGUUACAUUCGAUUGAGCCAAACAGGAGAAUUCUCUUUUAUUGAGCCAGAACAAUCAUACUUUACUAAUUUGACAUUUCUCUCCAUUUUCUUCAUGAAAUCGGUGAUGAGAAAUUGCUCUUUGAAAUACCUCCCAAGGUACCGUAUUGUGUCCCUUUCCCCUCCAAGCAGCCCUCCUUAUGCAUUUUUCUCAGGCAACCAAGGACAUGUAGAGUAUUGGCAGAAACAUGGAGUGUUUUGUAUAGGCCAUCUGUACAUAAAAGUGUAAUUAUUUAUUUAAUUUUCCAUUUGUAUCAUAUUAAAGCUUUGUACAGUGU